AUGGUUAAGGCUCGUGAGUCUUGGCCUUUCCCAGAGCAUGUGGCUUGGCCAUCUCUUUAUUUGAAUGGCGCUAGUACAUUGCCGGAUUCUAGUUUUUGUGGUCAUUCAGCGUAUCUGAAUCCUGCUCUCAGUGCAUUUCCAGGGUUCACAACUCCUGCUACUCCAAGCCUGCAGACUGAUCAGACCAAUGAAGUUCAAGGGUUUGUUCAGGAUCCCAAAACAGAACCGUGUUUGAAAGAAAGAAAUAAUCACGGAGCUAUGCAAAAUGCAAAUCCUGCAUCUUUGCAGAAGAAAUUUAUUAUAUUUGACCGGUCUGGUAAUAAGACAAGAUUGUUUUAUAGUCCUGUCUUCCCACUUAAUCAGAGUCCAAUUGAUACUACUAUGCAAUUCGCUCGAGCAACUGAUUUUGGUGAAAAGCAUUUACCAAAAUACAGUUUUCCGGAUGAGUCUGAUCAGGAUCAUGUUGUGAACGAAGAAAGUGAAAUGCAUGAAAACACAGAAGAAAUCAAUGCAUUGCUUUAUUCUGAUGAUGAUGAGGAUGAGGAUGAAAACGAUGAGGUAACAAGUACAGACCAUUCUCCAUUGAGUCAAAAACCAUUUGAGGACAUAAAGGAGGAUGUCGCUAGCUCUGAUUGGCCAAGCAAACGGCAUAAGCUAAUUGACAGUGGCUAUGCAAGAUUACCUCCGCCUCUGGACAGUGCUAGUUCUGUUAGACUAAACGAACCAUCUGAGUGUGUUAGCGAUGCCGAAUCCAAAUAUUCUGGCAGGCAAAUGUAUUUUACCAGGAAAACCGAAGAGGAUAAUUCAGCCGUUAGUGAUAUUCAAUUGAGAAAGGCUAAAAUCCGUGAAUCAUUGAGAAUUCUCGAGAACUUAACUCCCGGAGCAAAAGGAAAGCAUCCACUGUUAGUCAUCGAUGAAACUAUCGAUUACUUAAAAUCUUUGAUGUCUCAAACUGGUAUGCUUGGGGUAAAAAAUCACUAA